GGUGGCCGAGGGUGCUUCUUUUGCUGGGGGGUCGGGGAAGCCCCUUACCCGGCGCCACCCUCGCCUCAGCGACGCAAGACCCGGGCUCUCCAACGCUUCUUAUUUUCAGAGCUCGGUUCUUGCGCCGCUGUUGAGUUUUAUUUUAAGCACGGAGAAUAAACAAGCCACCUUGGCCAGCUCGUGAGGGCAAGAGGAUUCCUCUACUAAUAUACUACGUCUCAGGUGCUUUGUAAGGAGAACAUAGGGCAUCUUUGUUGGCCCCAGGCACUCCAUCCUCCGCAUCUGGAUUUGGGCCCGAAAGACCAAAGAAAAAUGUCAAAGGUUUGUGCUGUUUUUGGAGGAUCUCGUGGAAUUGGUCAGGCUGUUGCACAACUGCUAGCAAAGAAAGGAUAUUGCCUGGCUGUUAUUGCAAGAAAUUUGGACAGAGCUCAAACUACUGCAAAUAACCUGGGAGCAGGUCAUCUAGCCUUUAGUUGUGAUAUUUCCAAAGAAGAAGACAUCCAAAAUACGUUUAAAGAAAUGGAGAAGAGUUUAGGACAUAUAAACUAUCUGGUUAAUGCUGCAGGUAUCAACAGGGAUGGCUUGUUGUUGCGAACCAAGGCUGAUGAUAUGGCAUACCAGCUUCAGACCAAUCUUUUGGGAACAAUGUUGACAUGCAAAGCUGCUGUGAAGAGUAUAAUUCAACAGCAGGGUGGUGCAAUUGUUAACGUAGGAAGUAUUGUUGGAUUUAAGGGCAAUUCUGGUCAGAGUGUAUACAGUGCCAGCAAAGCAGGAUUAGUUGGAUUUUCACGCUCUCUUGCUAAAGAAGUAGCAAGAAAGAACAUUCGAGUCAACAUGGUUGCUCCAGGUUUUAUUCAUACAGAUAUGACUGCACAUCUAAAAGAAGAACAGUUGAAGAAAACUAUUCCUCUUGGAAGAUUUGGACAGCCAGAUGAAGUUGCCAAAGCAGUUGUAUUUCUUCUAGAGUCUCCUUAUGUUACAGGCCAUGUUCUAGUUAUAGAUGGAGGUUUGCAACUUCUGAUUUAAAAGACAUAAUAUAGUCUUGAAUUGGUGAAAAACACAAGAAAUGAACUGGGAUGAUGGCUUUUUUGCAAGUCUUUUAAAUUAAAAUAGUACAAUUCGUAUAUAGUCCUGAGAAACUUUAAAUUAUGGGCUUACCUUGCACUUUGCAUUUAGAUGACCAAAUUCUGAUGCAUAACAGCAAAUGAGAAAACGUGAUCCCAGGGUUCCAUGUUCGAUAUGUGUUUAUGAGCUCCAUCACACCGGGGGUUAACAAGCUCCCUACCUUGCUUCUCCGCCCGUGUUUUCCUUCCUCAAGUUACUUCCUCUUUCAAGAAGAGGAAGUACAGAACGAGCACGAGGCCCAUUGAGUCCACUGUUCUUAUGGCGCUGCUUCUCCUGCAUGCAGGUGGAGAGAGCAGCAGUUCUGAGUUUAAAAAAACAUCGGACUUAAUAAAGGGGUUUUUUUUGUCGCAUGAGGAAGGCCAGAAGGGGUGGAAGGCAGACGAUGUCAUGUGAGGGACCUGAGAACUCUGUGAGUGCCCAGAAACGAGCGUGCAAUAAACCGCUCGUCGGAGGGAGCUAUAUGACUCUGAGAAAGAGGGAUUUUUUUUCUGGAGAAUUAGGAUAAAAAUACUUUAAAUUUAACAUUGGAAACAUUCUUGUGCUCCUUGUGAGGCUGGCCAAAUUGCUGCUGGAUGCCACGAACUGCCCUCUCUGCAAGUGUAGAAGCAGGUCCUCUGCCAUCCCUGGACAGUGCUGGAGCUUUCUACCACUGCUACAGGGCAGUUUGGAGGGCAUUGGAGAGUCAGCCAUGGAUCCGCAGGAUCCUAGCCUGCUUCAUUGGCCUGAUAUGACCCAAGCAGAACUGGAAACUGUCACCCCAAGAAUUGGCAUAGUUAAUUCCCUCCCAUUGGAGUCAAUUUGGGUGGGAAUACAUGCCCCUGUUCCGGCUGGCACAUGCCCACAGGACUUAGGAAAUGGCAGUAGCUCUUUCACAGAUCUCACCACCAGCAGCAGUAGGAUUGCUCUGUCCAUGGUUUAAAAUCAGUGUCUUACAACAAGCUCCAUCACACCUGAAUGUUUGCCCUUGUAUUAUCCCCCUCCGUUUACUUAGCAUUUGAAAGCCUUACGUUUCAUUCAUCUUCACAACUCUCCUCGGAAUCGCUGUUUCCCCCCACCCUGCAGAUCUCAUUUGUACCUCCCCUUACAAUCUAUUGGUUGUUCGCAGGGACACCUUGCCCUGGGACUCCCUUUCAUCAGCAAUGCCGCCCACCCUCAGAACAUUGGAUUGAGUACGACGGGAUAAAAAUACACGUAGACGGUUGAGCGCAUUGCUGGAAAACCCGUUCCUUCCCCGCACUUCGAAACCUUGCAGAGAGUGGGGUGGGGGGAAAGGUGAGAUUAGGGCAGGACAUGGGCGGCCUCAUCUUAGUCCUUUGUAUGCAACACACCAUGGCAGCGGACUAUAACGCUUGUGUGAUGGAGCUAAACAUCUUAAAAACUAUCAGAUUUAUUGUGGUAUAAUCUUUCAUAAUCUUUCACUUUGUCAGAUGAAAUCGGUUCUAAUCCACAAACGUUUAUGCUAUAAUAAAUCUGUUAAUCUUUAAGGUACUCCAAGACUCUUGGUCCUUUUUGUUGAAAAAAAGGCUAAACUGGCUACCCCUUUGAAAGUGCGUUUAUUUUUAGAUCAUUUUGCAAGUCAAGUAUGAUAUUUUUUCAUAGUUUAUGCUGUGGGUGUUCCCCUUUGAGAGGCAAAGCAAACUAAUGACCAAGUACUUAGGAAUGUUGACAAGUCAAUAACCCACCGGAGUAGGGCAUACUGCAUGAGCAUUUAUUUUGGUCCUUCUGUUAAGUGGCUCCUAACAAAGAAUAGAAUGUGCUGAACCUCACGAUUUUAAGUUUCUUAAAUAAAAUAAUAAUUUUGAAAUGUUGUUUCAUUCCAAGUACUUAAAAGAGUGAUAAAUUAUUAUUUGGAAGUGACAUUUCCUACUCUCCUCUAAUGGAAGCAUAAAUAUUUGUCUUUCCAAACACUUCAGAAUGGUUUCCCUGUGUGACUUGUU